CAGUCUGUCUGAGCUACUCCAAAAACAGCUCAGUACAGCGCGGAGCGGGACGGCACGGCGCGGACAUCACCGUGAGACUAGACAGGGAGCUGGGAUAGAGGUUUCACCGGACACUGGUUUGCAGAGCGGAAACGGGACUAAAACACCAGCAGCGUUUCCCCCCCGCACACUAGGCAGGACGGGGGAGUGCGCCCACCGUGUUGCGGGUGUAUGUGCGUGCGCUUCGGAUCACGAUGAUGCAAAGUGCGGCGGUCUUACCGACAGAGAGUCCUGUGAAGAGUUUACCGGAGAUUCUCGGAGUGCCACUGCAACAGAUCCCUCAGUGUGCCGGCUGCAGUCAGCACAUCCUGGAUAAGUUCAUCCUGAAGGUGCUGGACAGACACUGGCACUCCAAGUGCCUCAAGUGCGCAGACUGUCAGACUCCGCUGGCGGACAAAUGCUUCUCCCGAGCAGGCAGCGUCUACUGCAAGGAUGACUUCUUCAAGCGCUUUGGAACAAAGUGUGCGUCAUGUCAACAGGGCAUCCCUCCAACGCAGGUUGUGCGAAAGGCACAGGACUUUGUGUAUCACCUGCACUGCUUCUCCUGCAUCAUGUGCAGCAGACAGCUGGCCACCGGCGAUGAGUUUUACCUCAUGGAGGAUGGGAGGCUGGUGUGCAAGGUGGAUUAUGAGACAGCCAAACAAAAUGACGACUCGGAGGCAGGGACCAAGCGACCGAGGACCACCAUCACCGCCAAGCAGCUGGAGACCCUCAAAAGUGCCUACAAAAACUCGCCUAAGCCGGCACGCCACGUCAGAGAACAGCUGUCCUCAGAGACAGGCCUGGACAUGAGAGUCGUGCAGGUCUGGUUCCAGAACCGGCGAGCAAAGGAGAAGCGUCUGAAGAAAGAUGCGGGUCGGCACCGCUGGACUCAGUUCUAUAAAAGUGUCAAACGCAGCCGAGGAGGAACCAAGGUGGAGAAGGAGAGUUCAGCGGAUGAUGCGGGACUCAGCGACAGUGAACUGAGCUUCAGAGAUGAUCAAGUCCUGUCAGAUCUGAGCCACGCCAACGGCCUUUACGGGAGCGUCGGUGAUGUGACCAGCAGCGCGGUGCUGAAUGGCAGCUUCUCCGUUGACGCGGCGGGACAGCCCUACCACGACAUCAGAGCAGGAAGUCCUUACGGCCUUCCCCAGUCACCUUCCUCCAUCACCUCCCUGCCUGGUCACACACCUCUCCUAAACAACCUGGGCUUUAACAUGGACAGUCUUGUGGCACAGGGGGGGGCGGGUGGUGUGGGACAGGCUCUGAGGGCCAUGGCGGGAGGCCCCACCUCAGACCUCUCCACAGGCAGCAGUACAGGAUACCCCGACUUCCCCACCAGCCCGGCCUCGUGGCUGGAUGAGAUGGACCAUUCCCAGUUCUGAGCCUUCAGCUGGGUAGAAAGUGGACUCAAACGGUUCCUCUUUUUAUAUUCCCCUCACUCCAAGACUGGUUUAACUUGUGAUGUUUGGUGAAGAAAAAAAAUGGACAGAAAAGGUGACUUCAGCAACCAGGCUGAGAUGAGAGACUGGACAAAAACAGUGAAGAACACUUCCGUGAUUAAUUCAUCUCAGCAUCAUAUCACAGAAUUUUUAUUAUUACCUAAGUUUAUUUUUAGUCCCUCAAUGAAAUUAAAUCUUUAUCAUAUCAAAAUACUUCCAAUACAUGGCUGGAAUAUGCUAUUGUCUCAUUUCUGACAGAAUCCACACCAUCCAUGGCUGCAGUCUCUGCAGGCACCCAGAUGCACCUGCAUGCUUCUGACUGGUCCCCAGCAGAACUGCUGUCAGGCCACAUCACAGCCUUCACGUUGGCAAUGCACUUUACUCUCCUCAUCCUUUUCUACAGGAAUGCAGAGGAGAGAGAAAUAUGCACAAGGCAAAAACAGUGUUUCACUCGGAGAGAAAUUUACAAAAGCAGUGGCACAAGUGUGAAUUUUGAAACAUGCUCAUGUUUUUUUUAUGUAUUGCUGAAGCUUAACGAGUAUUUGGAAAAUAGGUGGCUGUCGGUUUGUGCGUCCGUUUCAGAAACUCUUAUCUCUGCUGCUUGACUGAGGGUGAAAGCUGCAAAACGCCGGGCGACUCUACAGGUGCUCGACUUGUUUCUGUGUGUUUCAGAGAGAAUGUCUGUCAGUAUUAAACGUCUCACACGAGGAGUCGGCAUGAGGGCAGAACAUGUUACAAGACAGUCGAAGCGUUUGAUAUUUCUGAGUCACCCAGCUCCAAACACCUUACUUAGAGAUGUUGCGUCUGAAUUAAUUGCUUUAUUUAUUCUUGCAUAAGAGAUAUUCAUGUAGAAGACGUGCAGCUUCCUUUGCAGAAACUGUUGAGGAUUAAAAAGUGGAUUUGAGACACCGUGACGUAUUAAAAGGAACACUGGUUUGUUUUUAAGCAUUAGCUCAUGCCAGCUCUCUUUUGUCAGAUCCAGGGCUUCUCCUGGUAAUCUUCUCAGCAGCCUGAGCUUUCCCUGCUAUCAACCUACUUCCCGACUCCAGAUGUGCUGUCAGCCUGUCUGCUUACCGCCUGGCCCUUUGUGUCAGACGGAUUAACAAAACCACAGUCAGCACUCACACUUUAGCAUCACUGCUGGGUUGUUUCUCAGAGGCCAUCAGAUGCACCUUAAUGCCAACACUACAAACAAGAACAGGUCAAUCAUUUACAGAAAUUUUGUUAGUGACUUUCCUGAAAACUUCUAAUAUGUAAAAGAACCUAAACCAAUCGGUAUUGACCUGUUACGCAUGCCAGAAGCAACGACUGUUUUGAUUUAAGUGAAGUUUUUAAAAACACGAUCAUCCUGAACUUUUCUCUGCUCCUGUUUCUGCUCUGGAGGAAGCAGCUGACACGAGCACCUUUUUGUAACAAAAGAAAAUGGGCAAGGUCUUGUUUUUAAAAAUUCUCUUUUACCAGAAAAAUAUAAAGAAACAGGAAGUGACAUGAAUGCAGAAAGCGAUGGAUUACAGCCUACAAACUACAGAGAAAUUACAAAACAAACUUUGUUUGUAUUUAUGUGAGAAUCGGAGGAAGAAGAUGAGAUUAGACCACGAGGACAUGAUGCUGUGUUUGAGUAAUGAAUAAUUUACUCUUAUUUUACACUAUUUAUUAAUACAUUUUCUAAUUUUUUUGUUAAAUAAUGAAUGCACUUCUGAUUUAGAAGCCUUUGUGUUUUGAAUUUUUUUAUUUUCAUGGCCAAGUUGUCGCAAAUAUUAAGUUAUAUUAUCAUUUAAUAAUUAAUUUCUUGUUUUCUUCCUUUGUGGCGACUGAUAGAUACCCAGUAGGGGGUACACUGGUUUAUAUUGGUAGUAAUUUGUUGGCUGUAAUCCAAGAUUUUCUAUUAAAAAAGCACCACAGGAGAAAUCAUCACUACUGUUUUGUUACGUCUGUGUUGCCUCUUGUUGUAAAUUUUGUACAGUUUGGAACCAGUAGAUCGUCCCGUUUCAUGAGCGCUAUUUAUUAUUGCCAUGUGUCUUUGAAAAAGAUGUAAAAGAGAGCACUGGAAUUAUUCAUUUAUGCCUUCUGUGUAAUGGUAUGAACUGUGUACAGUUAAAUCUAUAUGAGGAAAAUAAAGCUGAAUUGUCUUUGGGUUA